UCAAAACUUAACCGACAUCUGAUCUGUCAACGUGCAACAGGACCAGCCAGCUAACAGCUCCGCGGAACCUCUUGGCACUCAAGUUGCGCCGCGUAUCCCAUAAGUUGUAGUGCGAUCCCGCAAAAGUUGCAUCGCGAUUUUUGUGCAUUCCGGUCUGUGAGUUUCCCCAGCGGCAUCCGCAUUUCGCUCCAGACGUGUCCCUUAUCCCGUGCCACGCCCCCAGCAUCACAAUGAACUCCCUACACGCCCACCUCCUCCUGCUGGCCAUUUGCUGCGUUGGCUACAUCGCCAGUUCUCCGGUUAUUGGCCAGGAUCAGCGCAGCUCUCUCGCCGGCGACAGCGAUGCAGAUGUCCUGCUGUCUGCCGACGAGAUGGGAGACAACGGAGGCGACAACAUCGACAAGCGGGUGGAGCGGUACGCCUUCGGUCUGGGUCGCCGGGCCUACAUGUACACGAACGGAGCACCGGGGAUGAAGCGCCUGCCGGUGUACAACUUUGGCCUGGGCAAGAGGUCUCGUCCCUACUCCUUCGGACUGGGCAAGCGCAGCGACUACGACUACGAUCAGGACAACGAGAUCGACUACAGAGUGCCGCCAGCGAACUACUUGCAGGCCGAGCGUAAUGUGCGACCUGGGCGACAGAACAAGCGAACGACGCGUCCGCAGCCCUUCAACUUUGGCCUGGGAAGGCGUUAAGUUAACCGGGCUUAAGUCCUUUCGAAUGGCACACUAGAACAAAUCCAGCCGUGCGCCAUUCGUCGAGGAGCCCACUCCACCUAUAAAUUAUCAAUGAAGUACUUGCAAAAAGCUCUCAGACUCUUCUACAAACUUAAAUCACCACCAGGAGCCAAUCUAAAUGUCUUUUUAAACGGAGCACACCCCUCGUCCCGAAAAAUAUUUAUUAAAAAUCGCUAAAGCCAAAUGUAUUUAUUUUUAGUUUUUAUUAUCAACCGCAGCCUUCAAAAGAUGUUAAAAAAUCUAAAAAAAAAAAGAAAACCGGAAGGAGAAUGAAACUGGCGUGUGCAAUUAUCAAGGAAGAAGUACAUAAAAUGUUAUACGAAUCUAUUAUAUAUGCAUAUUCAAUCCAAUUUACAGUACUCCAUAUAUGUACAUUUUAAAGGGGCAUAAAUUAAUAUACACGCGGAUUUAAACAUAUAUACUUGGGGAACUCUCUCUCAAAACAAAAGAGCGGCAUUCGAAGAAGCACGAAUAUUGGGUAAACUACUGCAUACUAAUAUCGAUGUAACUAAGUGUUUGAGCAAAGUGAUUACUAAUUUAAAAUUAUAUAAAUUACGAAUAUGUAAUUGUUUUGUGAAUACAUGCAUACCUACCCAAAUAAACAUAGGCGCAGCAAAACUGCGCGAGCAAAUCCA